GAAUCGAAUUCAAACAUGGGAAAAAUUGAGGCACAGGAAAGUGAGGACGUGAAAACUCAAAAGCAGAAUAUGGAAAUUAUCAGGCGUAUUCUGGAGAGGUUUAAUUUUGAGGAGAGUAAGCGGAAAUAUGAAACUCAGAACGUGGUGGAGUAUACGUUAGAUCCGAAUGAUUUCGCUUACGACUGCUCCCUGUCAACGACGCGCGUGCGACAGCGUCUGUGUGACCUCAUGGGGACUGACGUCAUCAGGCUGAACGACAAACGAUAUUUCCAGAAGCUUUCCGAGCGAUUGCAGGAUGAAUAUGAGACGAUAAUGGACAAACAGGAAGAGGCGCGCGCAGCCUCGGAGGAACAGCGUAUCCGGCGCCUGAUGCUCGAGGGAGUGAUAGACGCUCCCAAUGACUACCGCGCAGUAGUACACGGCACACACCACAAACCGCAGACGAAAAAGAAACUCAAGUCAGGAAAACGACACUCGUCUGCUCGCUCACACCGCGAGGCGACGGGAUCUGCAGGAUCUGACGAGGAGGGACAGAUGAAAACUAAGAAAGAGGAAGUGGAAACCCAGGUUGGCUUGAUGUCCGGUUCCAGGCCUGGUUCCCACAAGUCCUCGCUGCGCAUGCGCGCCUCAAACGAAAACGCACGAACGCCAUCGAGACGAGUCUUUAUCGACGAGAAAGAAAACGACCGCGCGCAACAACAACAACAACAGCAAACUUCAAAUGAAAUGCAUGCGCGUCCUCCUCAUCACGAAAACGUUUUACGGAGUCCGUCGGCCUGCGGUACUCACCGGAAGGAGCGGCGGGUGCAGUCGGCAGCCCCGCGCCUCACUCGACGAGAGAACGGAAGGACGUCGCCGGGAGAAUCUGAAUCCGAUGGAGAGGGUAAUGACGGAAUUAGGUCGGGGGAUAGGCCAUUCGACACCCAGAGUCUUCCAGACCGGAACGCCCACCGGAUGUACUCGAAAUACUCCGUAUACGAGCCAGAAAGGGUGUCCAGACUUCGCGAGGCCGAGACGGUAGAAGGCCUAUAUGCCAUCGCGGAAGAAAUAGUUUCACCCGUGCGAGCGCGUGAUGACACAGACCGAAAAGUAGUUCGCGUUCCAAAACAAAAGAAAAUGACUACGUCGUUGUCAUAACAUUGUUUAUAUGCACUAACGUUUGUAUAAUCUAUAACACAUGUGACAUUUGUGCUAUUCGUUGUUUUGAGCCUAUAUAAAAUCUUCAUAUAAAUCAUG